AUGAACCCCGAUGUCGAAAACGAAGAUAGCUUGUAUCCUAUUGCGGUCUUACUGGACGAGUUAAGGGCUGACGAUGUAAAUUUUCGUUUAAACGCCAUCAGACGUCUUUCAACCAUUGCUUUAGCACUAGGUGUUCAAAGAACUCGGGAUGAGCUUAUACCGUUCCUUGAUGAAUCUAUCGAUGAUGAGGACGAGGUACUUCUAGCAUUAGCAGAGGAACUUGGUAAUUUUGUAGAAUAUGUUGGUGGUAAAGAUCAGGCUCAUAAAAUACUUGGACCAUUGGAAAAUCUUGCUGCAGUUGAGGAAACUCUUGCCGUCGAGUCUUUGACUAAAGUUGCUGUAGUUCUCUCUCAACAACAGAUUGAAGAAUUUUAUAUACCACUAAUUAAACGUUUGGGUAGUGGUGAUUGGUUUACCAGUCGUACUAGCGCUUGUGGUUUGUAUGCAGCAGGUUACCAAGCUGCAACAUCAUCAUCACAGGAUGAAUUGCGAUCAAUGUUCAAACAAUUAUGUCAAGAUGAAACGCCAAUGGUUAGAAGGGCUGCUGCUGGUAAUUUGGGCAACUUUGCGAAAAAGAUUCCGAAAGAACAGGUUGUUGUGGAUAUUAUUCCAUUGUUUAGUAAGCUCGCACAAGAUGAACAAGAUUCGGUGCGUUUAUUGACCGUUGAGGAUUUGGUUGCGAUCGCCGAAGUACUUUCCAAAGAAGAAAGCAAAACUUAUCUUUUGCAAACCUUAAGGAGUAUGGUUUCAGAUAAAAGCUGGAGAGUUCGAUACAUGAUAGCCGAAAAUUUCAUAGCAAAAGCUGUUGGUGAAGAAGUAACACGUGAUGAUUUGGUAUUAGCAUUCGUUCAUUUACUUAAAGACAAUGAAGCAGAAGUAAGAACAGCUGCUUCCGGUCAAGUCCCAGGGUUUGCCCAAAAUAUCGAUAAACAAACGAUUUUAUCGCAUAUUUUACCAUGCGUUAAAGAUUUGGUUACAGACACAUCACAACACGUUCGAGCAAGUUUAGCUACUCAAAUUAGUGGGUUAGCCCCUAUUUUGGGUAAAGAAGCUACAACCGAGCACUUGUUACCAUUAUUUUUGCAACUUUUGAAAGAUGAAUUCCCGGACGUCAGACUAAAUAUUAUAUCAAAAUUAGAACAAGUAAAUGAAGUUAUCGGGAUUGAACUUUUAUCACAGAAUCUCCUUCCUGCCAUAGUUGAAUUGGCUGAGGAUAAGCAAUGGCGUGUUCGCCUUGCAAUUAUUGAUUAUAUUCCUUUACUUGCUAGUCAAUUAGGAAAAGAAUUUUUUGACGAAAAGUUAGGAAAUCUGUGCAUGUCUUGGUUAGGAGAUAAUGUCUAUUCCAUUCGUGAAGCUGCUACAGUGAAUUUGAAAAAAUUAACUGUAGUAUUUGGAGUUGAAUGGGCAAAGACUACAAUUAUACCAAAAGUGCUGGCGAUGGGAACCCAUCCAAAUUAUUUAUACAGAAUGACAACCAUUUUUGCUAUCACGACAAUGGCUCCUGCUGUUACUCCGGAAGUGAUUAGAGAUUACAUCCUUCCUACAGUGAAUAAUUUAGUGUCCGAUCCUAUUCCUAAUAUCCGAUUUAAUGUCGCUAAAUCUUAUGAAGUUUUAAUACCUGUACUUAAACAAAGUCCGGAAACCGUUAUACUCUUGGAUUCACAAGUAAAGCCUGCAUUGGAUAAAUUACGGGAAGAUUCGGAUGCAGAUGUCAAAUAUUUUGCCGAAAAGGCAUUACUUGCGGGUUAUCAAUGA